ACGAAGGGUCUCCGGCCAUGGAAUCAGAAACGAAGAAGGGGGUAUAGUCUGCACGGCCCGGCUUUUCUAUUCCAGUUUUUUUUUUCCUGGUUUACUCUCUCAUUUCUCGUCUGUCCCGCGCGCAUCGAGGCUUUAGACCACCACGACCGAGGCCGUAGCCUGCGGGACCAGGUUCCCGAGGUUGAGCUGGCUCGAUAGCGUCAGGCCCGAGAGAUUGAUUGUGGGGCCGGCACCCCCGCCCGCGCCCGCACCAUUCGCAACAGGCGGCGUCGUCGGGGCCGAAGGGGGAUUGGCGGCAGACUGGAUCGGCACGAGGCCGGGGAUGCCCCCGAAUGCGCCGGGAAAGUUGACAGUAGGAGUGGCGAUCGGAAGCACGAGCGUAUCGGUCAGCGAGCUGGCGGAGCCGGGAAGAGGAGCGAGCGACGUCACCGAGGAGGUGGCCGAGCUAUCGGAGCUGGGGAGAGGAGCGAGCGUCGUCGUCGACGAGGAGGCGGCCGAGCUAUCGGAGCUGGGGAGAGGAGCGAGCGUCGUCGUCGACGAGGAGGCGGCCGAGCUGUCCGAGCCGGGAAGAGGAGCGAGCGACGUCACCGAGGAGGAGGCGGCCGAGCUAUCCGAGCUGGGAAGAGGAGCGAGCGUCGUCGUCGACGAGGAGGCGGCCGAGCUAUCGGAGCUGGGAAGAGGAGCGAGCGUCGUCGUCGACGAGGAGGCGGCCGAGCUAUCGGAGCUGGGAAGAGGAGCGAGUGAUGUCGACGACGCGACGGCCGAGCCGUCUGACACGGGGGCGCCGGCGACAGGGACGCUUGUGCUGGCCGAGCUGGUCUGGGAAACUUGGGAAGAAGACGAGAGUGCCAGCGAGGUUGAGGACGUCGAAGCGUCCGAGGGGCUGGGGGGAGGGACCUGUCCCGAUUCGGUUGUUGUCCCUCCCUGCGUCGGCAGCGAUGCCAGAGAAGAAGACGAGAUCGAACUCGCGUCGGCGGCACUGGAAGGAGCAGCCGGCGGGUUUCCAACCGAACUGGUUAUCCGGGCCCCUUCUGGGACGGGGAUCACCGUGACACCAACCCCGCCACUGGCGACCACCGAAGAUGGAGCUCCUCCCGUACCCGACACCCCGUCCACUGCCCCGUUGGCUUGACCUGGGAAAACGGUAACGGUUGAUGCCGGGGCUGUGACGGUUACGGUGACUAUGCCUGUCCCGUUCAACCCAAGACCCGCGCCGCCGCCGCCGCCUCCAACCGUGAUGGUUUGCCGAACUGUUUCGGUGACAGUCGCGCCAAGUCCAAUGCGGCUAAUAAUUUCGAGAAAGCCAUCGGCUAGGUUUGGGCUGCUCGUGACCUCCUGUCGUCGGCUGAACACCGCGGCCUAGGCCCCAGUGAGCGACUUACACAGAUAUUCUUUCCAAG